UGGAAAAUAAAGAAAAGGUUAUCAUUUCGUUUCCAAUAGUUCCUGUCAGCUGUUUCGCUCGCAACAAUUCGGCGCUUACCAACACUAACUUUUCUGUGGGUUUCGUUGGAGUUCAUUUCAUAAUUCGCUAACCGGACUAAAUUAAAUAUCCACACGAAAUGGAGCUUUCCGAGGGAGUCAAGGAGCGUCUGGGAGUUGUUGUCGGCGCAGUGCAGACUGGAUUCCACUGGGGAUUCGUUCCCCUUGUCCUGUAUUUGGGCUUUCUGAAGGGAGCUGAGCCCGGCAUGCCGCCGUUGAACGUUUUCAGCCUGUUGUGGCAAUAGAAAAUGGCCCGGCGACCAAAACAUGACCAUUUUCCCGUCGCGUGCCCCGCAUUUCGGUUCUGAUUGGAUUCCUGGGCAGUUGCGCAGUACCUGCAGUUAUUGGAAAUAAAUUUAUGUUACACAAAAAUUCAAAUUAAGACAUGUAUCCUUGAAUCAAGCGAUUUUCCAACAUAAACCACUAAUAUAGAUUCUAUACUAGUAAA